ACUAAAAACAAACACACAUAAACACCAAAAAUGUCCCAAGAUCCUGCCCCCACGGAAGAAGUCUUGCACGCGGUGGAGGCCAUCGAGGCAGGAGAAAAAUCCGAGGUAGACACUGUUCCAGAGGUUGUGCUACCAGAAACAACGGCUGAGCCCGAAGGGAUCUCCAGGCCAGAGGAGCGCAGCCCACCACUUGGCGAUGAGCCGCGGGAGGAGAAGCCACAGAACGAGUCUGGCCCAAUCAUCGCGCUGGAGGCGACGGAGGAGGGGCAGGAAACGGGAGCCACCGAACACGUAGCUAGUGGAACAACUGAGCUUGGUGUGGAAACGCAGCAAACGGAGGGCUCGGAUGACCUAUCGCCAGAAGAAAAGAAACGGAGGCUGAAGAAGGAGCGCAGGGAGCGUUUGAAGAAUUUCGCAACCACUCGCUUUGCUCCUCCGGAAUUUGAGGAGACAGUUAGUUUUAUAGAGGGAUAUGUGGAAGAGGUCAGGGAUAUUGAGGUGGAGGAGGAGCAGGAACCGCUAGCCAACCUUGAUGAACCCACCGAUGGGGCCGAUGGAGCCGAUGGGGACUCGGAGUCCAGUACCAACGACGAGUCAGAAGACGAUCCGUUCCAGGCACCCAAAAUGGUGAGCCUAUUCCCGACCUAUGGCUUCUCAGACGGCCCCGUUGAUAGAAACAUAUUCCAAACGGAUGUGAAGUUGGACGACAUUGAUAUUACGAUGAGUUUGACCGGCAUGAGCAUUGUAUCGACGAGAACGUUGAAGACCGAAAGAGAUCCGGAUUCCGUCCAGUUGAAAACCAACUUUCUGAGGUAUUUCGAUGUGCCCAGUCUGUCGGACAUAUCGGAGGAGCACGACCCAUCUGCACGGUCAACGGGGGCUAAUUCGCGGAUAAGCGUCCAGGAUGAGAGUGGCUUCUUUGUGGAUCCCACGUCGAACAUGGACUCCGGUUCCAGCUCGGCGUCGGAAUCGCUUGGAGACAUGGACAAGGAGCACCAGGCUGAGGAUGCGGCUUCAGAAAGUGAGGUCGGCUCCCUCGAUAUCUCCGACAUCCCCGAGUUCAAUGAACCACCAGUGAUAAGUACUACCACAGAAAAGCAAGUGACUAUGGAGGAAUUCAGCAACUUGUCGAAGGUGGCCUUCACCGUUCCCGAGGUCCAAGAGGACCUGACCAUUUUGCAUGCGCUCGAGAUUAGGGCGGUGGUCAAGGAACUACUGUACGAUCUUUUCGAGGCGACCGCCAAUAUAUCGGACAUCCACAACAAGCAGAACGCAAUCCGGUCCAAGUUGGACAAGAAUAAGCUAUUGGACCGGCUUGAAAACGUCGUCAAUUCAUACUUGUUUGAGAAUUCCACCAACGAAAUGGUGGGCAAUCGACUGAUAGAGUAUUUCAAACGCAAUCGCAAUGUCCGGGUCUUCGUUCCGCUCUCGCAGGAACAUGAAAAGCGAUUCCACGCCCGAUACAUGCAGGCACUGGCCCUGCUGGACAAUCUGAAGUAUCGGCUGGACGUGGCCAAGCACAAGCACGCCAUCCAGAUGAACAGAGUGUUCCUGGAUCUCCACUCCGCCCAGAGUGUCGCCUCGAUCACUGAGCAACGCUUGGAGCACCUGUUCCGGAAGCACCUGGAACGGGCCGACUCCGAUCAUCUGCGACGUCUGGUCGACCGCGAACUGAGACUAAUGACUGCCAAGCGGAACGAGAUCAGCGACACCCGGCUGUUCCUGAUCACCAGAAAGCACACCUUGGGUCACAUAAUUGGUAAAAUCAAAGAGCUGGACACACUAAGUGAGACCUUGAACAUCAAGGACUUUUUGGCCGUGCAAAAUGAUGUGCUUGCCCUGCAAAAGAAGAUCGAGGAGCGCAACAUCGAACUGAAGAAGAUGCGAACCCAGUUCCUCAUGGACGUUCACCUAACCCGACACAAUCGGGAAAAGGCGCUGGCCCUGGGGGAAAAAUUUGAGCUAAAGAAAUUACUGCUGCACAACGCCAUCAAAAAUCAGAGAACCCUGCGCAGACGCCUCUACGAUGUGAAAAUGGAGCGCAAGAAGAUGCGUCAGCAGUCAAAGGACCUGACCUUCCAGGGCGGCAUCCUGUCCAUGCCAGCGCUGAUGUAUGACUUCGAUAACACGGUGGAGCGAGUGAAGGAGAAGCGGGAAACGGUUGCCAAGCUCAAGGAAACCAUGAAGGCACUCCAGCGUCGGAUCAGCCUAGUAGCGGGGAGGAGUAUGUAGGGAUUUAAGAACAGACAAAUUGAUUAAACAGUG